GGUGGGGGUGGAUACCAGCGCACCUCUCGCCCAUGGAAUCGUGAUCUCUCCCUUUCUCCUACUAGCUCUUUCCUCCCACUGGGGCCUCCAGCGGAGGCCGCUGCUGCUGCUGCUUUCACAGCUGCAAUUAGAAAUGCAUCCCGGAUCAUAGGAGCUCAUCUGGAGGUUGCAGGUGGAGUUCUUCUGUUGUGCCUGGCCCCCACAGUCCUAGACCUGACACACACCACACACACUAGUUGAGUUGCGGGUUCUUUCCUCUCCCCCUUAAUAUCUAGGGGUGUGAGAUUACAGGUUUGGUGGAGAUUUUCCCUAUUUCGCCUUCUCUCUCCCUCUCCUCAUUUAAAGGAGUUUGAGGGGGAUAUUUUUGGUGGCAAGAGACACCUCGUCAUUUCCGCUAGACUGUGUGCUGUGCCUGGGGUUUUAAUCUCCCUACAAGAGGCAAAUCGAGGAGCUUGUUGCAGAGAGGAGGAUGACUGGAGCUUUUGGAAAAGAAAUAGACGUUUAAGCACUGCUGAAUGUCUGGAGAGUUAAAGUCUUCAAAACCUUGGUCGACCAAACUCUCUCCCUAACCCUAAUCUGGUUUAAGGAAGGAGCACCUAGAAGCCUUGGUAGUGGCAGCAGCCACCAACAGCAGCAGCAGCAGCAACGGGUGAGGGCUGCAGACGUCUGAGCGUGCUCAGCGUCCCCCUUUUUCCCCCCACGGGAGAAGGCAGCAGUAUGAAUUGGAACCCUACAUAGACAGUCAGAGAGGGACUGAGAGGAGGAGGUGGGGAAGCAGCUGAAGGGACUGAGCAGAAGGCGGAGGAGGAGGAGGAGGAGGAGAAAAAGAAGGAGGAGGAGGAGAAGGAGGAGGAGAGCUGCGAUUUGGUGGCGUCUCCCUCCCUCUCCCGGGCUGGGCUGCCUGUCGCUGAUGCUCUAGGUUUGCUGAGAGAAUUUGCAGCAGGGAGUGCUACCGGGAAACCUGAUACAAUAAGGCAGAUUGCUUCCCGUCCUCCGGUUCCCCCGCUCCCACCCAUCUACCCAGAGAGCACCUCUCUGAGGGAGAAGACGAACCAGAAGGGGAAAAGAUAAAAUUUCUGGGGUGCUUUUUCAAUUCGAUCUCCUCGCCUGACAAAGAAAUCGAUUCCAUUCCCAAUGGCUCUUAUUAUGGAACCAGUGAGCAAAUGGUCGCCGAGUCAAGUGGUGGACUGGAUGAAAGGCCUGGAUGACUGUCUUCAGCAGUACAUUAAGAACUUUGAGAGGGAAAAGAUCAGUGGGGACCAGCUGCUUCGAAUUACCCACCAGGAACUGGAAGACUUGGGAGUCACUCGCAUUGGCCAUCAAGAGCUUAUAUUGGAGGCAGUAGAUUUACUGUGUGCACUGAACUAUGGCCUGGAAACUGAAAACCUCAAAACCCUUUCUCACAAGUUAAACGCAUCUGCCAAAAAUCUGCAGAAUUUUAUUAUUGGAAGGAGGAGGAGUGGCCACUAUGAUGGGAGGACUAGCCGGAAAUUGCCAAAUGACUUCCUGACCUCUGUUGUGGACCUGAUUGGAGCAGCUAAAAGUCUGCUGGCAUGGCUGGACAGAUCUCCUUUUGCUGCUGUGACUGACUACUCACUCACCAGGAAUAGUGUCAUCCAGCUCUGCCUGGAGUUAACAACAAUUGUUCAGCAGGACUGCACAGUAUAUGAAACAGAGAAUAAAAUUCUUCAUGUGUGUAAAACACUCUCUGGAGUCUGUGAUCACAUUAUCUCCCUUUCAUCUGAUCCCUUGGUUUCACAGUCUGCUCACCUGGAAGUGAUCCAGCUAGCAAAUAUCAAGCCAAGUGAAGGGCUGGGAAUGUACAUUAAAUCAACAUAUGAUGGCCUCCAUGUAAUUACUGGAACCACUGAAAAUUCACCUGCAGAUCGGUGCAAGAAAAUCCAUGCUGGCGAUGAAGUGAUUCAAGUCAAUCACCAAACUGUGGUGGGGUGGCAGUUGAAAAAUUUGGUGAAUGCUCUACGAGAGGACCCGAGUGGUGUUAUCUUAACUUUGAAAAAGCGACCUCAGAGCAUGCUUACCUCAGCACCAGCUUUACUGAAAAAUAUGAGAUGGAAGCCCCUUGCUCUGCAGCCUCUUAUACCUAGAAGUCCCACAAGCAGUGUUGCCACGCCUUCCAGCACCAUCAGCACACCCACCAAAAGGGACAGCUCCGCUCUUCAGGACCUCUACAUACCCCCUCCUCCGGCAGAGCCCUACAUCCCCAGGGAUGAAAAAGGAAAUCUUCCUUGUGAUGAUCUCAGUAGGCACCUAGUAGGCAAGCCAGUACAUAAGGGAUCCGAAUCUCCAAAUUCAUUUCUUGAUCAGGAAUAUCGGAAGAGAUUUAAUGUGGUUGAAGAAGAUGCUGUCUUAUAUUGCUAUGAAUAUGAUAAAGGAAGAUCAAGCAGUCAAGGAAGAAGAGAGAGCACUCCAACUUAUGGCAAGCUACGGCCUAUAUCUAUGCCAGUGGAAUAUAAUUGGGUGGGGGAGUAUGAAGAUCCCAGUAAGAUGAAGAGAGAUAGUAGAAGAGAAAAUUCCCUACUUCGGUACAUGAGCAAUGAAAAAAUUGCUCAAGAAGAAUACAUGUAUCAGAGAAAUAGCAAGAAAGAUACAGGAAAAAAGUCAAAAAAGAAAGGAGAUAAGAGUAACAGUCCAACUCACUAUUCCUUGCUACCUAGUUUACAAAUGGAAGCAUUAAGACAGGAUGUCAUGGGCACACCUGUGCCAGAGGCCACCUUAUAUCACACAUUUCAGCAGUCUUCUCUACAACAUAAAUCAAAGAAGAAAAACAAAGGUCCGAUUGGAGGCAAGAGCAAGCGACGAAUUUCUUGUAAAGAUCUUGGCCGAGGUGACUGUGAAGGCUGGCUUUGGAAGAAGAAAGAUGCCAAGAGCUAUUUUUCGCAGAAAUGGAAGAAAUAUUGGUUUGUUUUAAAGGAUACCUCCCUGUAUUGGUAUAUUAAUGAAGAGGAUGAAAAAGCAGAAGGAUUCAUCAGUUUGCCUGAAUUUAAAAUUGAUAGAGCCAGUGAAUGUCGCAAGAAAUAUGCAUUCAAAGCCUGUCAUCCCAAAAUCAAAAGUUUCUACUUUGCUGCCGAACAUCUGGAUGAUAUGAACAGAUGGCUAAAUAGACUUAACAUGCUAGCUGCUGGAUAUGCAGAAAGAGAGAGGAUCAAGCAAGAACAAGAAUUCUGGAAGUCUGGAACUUCCAGCCCACACCGGCAGAUUUGCCCUUUUUCAUUUGAUUACUGGAGUGAGAGUGACAAAGAGGAAGCAGACACUCCCUCGACACCUAAACAAGACAGUCCCCCACCUCCCUAUGAUACAUAUCCAAGACCUCCUUCAAUGAGCUGUGCCAGUCCAUAUGUGGAACCGAAACACAGUCGGCUCUCCUCUACCGAGACCUCUCAGUCACAGUCCUCUCAUGAAGAAUUCCGCCAAGAAGUGGUUGGGAGCAGCGCAGCGUCCCCCAUCCGCAAGACGGCUAGCCAGCGAAGGUCCUGGCAGGAUUUAAUCGAGACGCCCCUGACCAGCUCGGGACUGCACUACCUUCAGACUCUCCCACUCGAGGACUCGGUAUUCUCUGACUCAGCCGUGAUCUCUCCAGAGCACAGGCGGCAGUCGACCCUUCCAACUCAAAAAUGCCACCUGCAGGAUCACUAUGGGCCAUAUCCCUUGGAGGGAGAGCGAAUGCAGGUGCUGAAUGGAAAUGGGGGCAAGCCUCGCAGUUUUACUCUUCCCCGGGAUAGCGGCUUUAGUCACUGCUGCCUGAACGCACCAAUCAGCGUGUGUGACCAACCGGAAGAUGCGCAGCACACGGAGGUAGAGGAAGAUGAAGAGGAAGAGGAUGAAGAGGGGGAAGCUGCUGGAGAAAACAUAGGGGACAAAAAUGAAAUAGGAGAAGAAAGCCUAGCAGACUCAUUGCAAGAUUUAUACAAGGCACUGGAGAGAGCCAGUCUAUCACCUCUAGGAGAACACCGAAUUUCAACCAAGCUGGAAUACAAGAAAUCUUUCAUUAAAAGGUGUAGUGAUCCAGUAGUGAAUGAAAAACUGCAUAGGCUGCGAAUUCUAAAAAGCACUUUAAAGGCUAGAGAAGGAGAAGUAGCCAUUAUAGAUAAAGUUCUAGACAAUCCAGAUUUGACAUCUAAAGACUUUCAAGAGUGGAAAGAGAUGUACCUUGACCUCUUCUUGGAUAUCUGUCAAAAAAGCACCCCAAAUGACCCAUUAAAUGUUUCUUCUGAAGUAGAUGUACUUAUAUCCUCUCUAGUGCAUACCCAUUCAUACAUUGAAACGCAUGUGUAAUCGUCUUGUCUUCAAGCCAUCUGGCACCCUCCUAUCCUUUGAACAAGUACAUAAGGUAGUUUUUAUAUUCAUGUGUGAAAAACUUGGUAAAUUAUAUUUUAAUGUUGCUGAACUAUAUGAAGUAAACCUCAUGAUAUCACUGUCUUUAAUGAACAUUUGUAUAUUUUAUAUGCGACCAGUGCUCGGCUUGUGUUUACCUUGUGCAAAAUAAACUGUCUUUAAUAAUUUAAAAUUAAUUUUUGCAAAUAGCUGUGGAGACAGGAAGACCUCAAAUAGUAAAUCUUGCAGACAGUUUACUAUAGGACCUUUACUGUCUCUUUAAGUUAAUUUUAUAUGAAACAAAACUUUAGAACUGAAUCACAUUUUUCAGAUGCAGACAUCUUGUGGGAAAGAACAUAAAUCUUUUAUAUUUAUUAAAAUGUGCUAAGAAUUUUCUUAAACACUGCACAAAGUUUAAUGCUGUAGUUUUAUUUUUGUGAAAUGUAGGUUAGUACAAAAGAGAGUUAAGCAAAAUAGAAAAUCAUUGCUAUAAGAAAAGUUCAGGUAUCUGAUAUCCAUGUCUUAAUAGUUAAUUAACUUUUGAAAGCAAGAUAAUGGAAAAUAUUAUUAUUAUUAUUAUUAUUAUUAUUAUUAUUGCAAACCUAUGGGAACAUAAUGGUAUAUCAGGGGAAAGCUUUGUAAGUUUUUUUGUAAAAAAAAAAAGACCAAAAUCAAAGAGAUAGCUGCUUUAUUUUUUCUUGAUUUAAAUCUUUCUUUAUUUUUCUAGUGAUGGGAUGUUGUGAGAGUGUUUAAGAAUUUGAGUAUUGAUUUUUUUUAACAGAUUUAACUCACCCAAUAAGGCAGCUACACAAAUAACACCAACCUCAUAUUUUGGAACUGCAAAUUAAAAAAAAAAGUCACCAAGUAUAAAUUCAAUAAAUGAGUUUUACAGUUAGCUUACUUGUUUUCCUCAUCUAUAAAUUAAACUAAGUAAUUACAAGAAAGCAAAAAAUAACUGAUAAGUUGAAGUUUGGAUGUACUAAAAAUUGGAGAAAUAUUUCAGAAAAAUUAAGAUGUACUCUGUGUGGGGCAAAAGGGUACUGUCUAUUCAGAAAUGUUCCAGUGAGUUAUAUUUGUGAGAAACAACAGACUUUUUUUUUUAUAUUCUUGAACUGUUCUCUAAAAUGGAGUGUGUAUGUGAGAAACUCCUCUUCAUAUAUUUAUAAUUAUUAGCUUGUUUUUGAACGUGAUCUCAGCAUGAUGAUGAUUGUGCUGCUUCUCAGUGUCUGGCUGCAUAAUUUAAAAGUCACAAUUUGAUGUUUUCAGAGGAGGGGGGUCACCCCAUCUCCAUGACUGUCUAUCUUGAGACCUACUUUUAAUCAGCUUUAUUACUGUAGCCUGUUAAGCUCAGUGAAUGUACUUUAAUCUUGAAGAGCUCAGAUACUUUCCAGUGAUUAUCCUCACUGUGAAAGAGGAAGUGAAAGCUACACAGGGGAACUUUCUUUUAUUUGCUUUUUAAAUUACAUUUGAAUUGCUAUUGUUUUGCAGACUUUGCACAAUUGUACAGGGAAAGUGGCCUUUCUGCAGCCCAUUUUCAGUACUUCUAUAUGUAAUCAAAAUGGAUGAGGAAUCACAUUUUAAUGUUCUUAUGAGAUAGGAUUUGAGGUCCAGUGUAUUAUUUUUUGUCAUUUAAAAAACUCUAUUUGUAAAAAAAAAAAAAGCCAAUGGCAUUUACUUACUGCAUGAGUACUGACACAGACACACAUUAAAUUUGUGGAUUUUGUACAUUUAGUUUUUUUUAAUGCUUGUCCUGAAAUGAAGUGUGCUCUUCUAACAACUAUUUAAAGGCCUGUUGCUGUUUAAUGGACCAAAACCAUAUAAAUAUAUCCAUAAAAAUAUUUGAUAGCAAUGGAUGGAUAAUGCACAUAGACCAGGCGAUAUCAUGUGGCCACCAGGCAAUUAAAGGAGAGGCCUAGGUCUGUUGCUAUGCAACAGUUUUUCUGCCUGAACUUUACUUUGAUUAGCAGAUAAAAAUUAAACCUUUACUCAUGGAUUUCCCAGCAUGAAAGCGUGCAUUGACACUGUUCUUUGUGAUGCCUUCUUGAAGAGCAUUUCAGAUGCCAGUCUGACUGUAUUCAAUUCUAUAAACAUUUAAUAUGCACCUGCUGCAGGUGCUGUAUUAACAUGGAACCUGGAAGGGAAGAGAGAGCACUGGAGAGAGAAGUCAGAACAAAUGCAGCUUUCAAAAGAAUACUUAUAAAGCAUUUAAUUUAUUCAUAUAAAACUUUUACACAUUCCAUGCCCUUGUAACAUGGUCAUGUCGUUAUCCUGCUAUAUUAAGAGUUCUAAAUGUUAGGCUGUGGGUGGCCCAAGCCUCUUGACUUUAAACAAGCAUUCUCUCUGAGACCUUUAAAAACUGGAUUUCCCAAUUCAUUUUGCACAAAAAUUAAACCCUCAUCUUACUAUGCAUUCCAUUAUGUUAGCCUUUUAAUUUUCCAGAAUGGGAGGAGGUGUUAAAGAAGGGAAAAUAAAUCAGUUUUAUCUACGAAAAGAGCAUGAGUGGAGAGCUUUCACUUAAAGAAUAUAGAUGCAGAAAUAUUUUAUUUACUGUUAGACCCACAUCUUAAGCCUCUUCACUAUAAACGCUAAGGACUCAUGUGUAAACAAAACUAAAAUUCUAUCUAAAACCAAGCCAGAAAAAAAAAAGUAAGCCUGCCCGAAGGCCUUGCCAUCACAAAUUAUUUUCCCAGAGAUGUUCUCUCAGUUAGAUAUUUUUAAGACAUUAAAUAGGGUAUAAUAACAAUUAUAGCUACGAUAUGUAAAAUCAUAGUUCCCUUCCAACAGUUUUAUGCCCUUUUGUGAGGACUCACCUCUUUAAUAGAAUAAGGCUGACCUUUAAAGUCUCCUAGUUGCUAACCUUUUCCAAUACUUGAAGAGCUUUGCUUUUUAUCUUGGGUUUUCGUUGUUGGCACAAAGAUGAUUGACUAUUGACUAUCUUGUAAAUCUCAAUUUUAAGUGAUAGUUUUUUUUUUAAAUAGAAGAUACUCUAAAACUUUGCUAACCCAAGAAUUUCUUCCAAGAAAUCUGAUUGCUGAAGCUAGAUCUUAUCUUUCUUCUUCCUUGUCUUCUUUUACUCCUUUCUAUUUCUGCUAGUUUGGUAGGGAGGGACCUUCUAGCACUAGUUCUGCUGAAACUGACUUCCAUUUAGUACUUCCUUCAGACUGCUUGUCCCCAUCCUGCAGACCCUGGAAUCUAAGUUUAAAGCUCUAUUGGAAGAGAAAGAACAUCAUUCUGGGGACACCAAGCUAGUCAGAAACACCCAGUUUCAUAACUUCCUCAUCAUUUCUCCUGAAAUGAGAAGCGCUUGAUUUAAUGCACCUCAGCCUGUGUUUCCACUUUCUUUGUCUUUUCCACACUUUCCUCUUCCUCUUCUGCUAAUUGCAACACUGCACACUUCAGGCCGUUCCAGGCCUGGGGCAUGUCGCAGCCAAUAUCCUCCCAGCAGUCAAGGUCCAAAUCAUAGCCUACCACAUUGCGAGUGGGCACUUGUCUGGAAUCUUGCCACUUUAACCCACCUAGCAAAAGUGCCGUCUCCUCCACCACAGCUAGGCCAUAGCAGAAGCGGUCAUAGAGCAGAGGCCGCAACCGAGUCCACUGAUCUGCCCCGGGAUCGUAGCGCUCGAUCUCUGAGAAGAGCUCAUAGCGCCCCAGAAAAGCAAACACCGCGCCGCGCAGCGUAGCCAUGUGGUGCCCAAAGCGGGCGAUGCUCAUGGGCGCUCUCUUACUCCACACCUUCUCCCUUGGGCUGAGAGCGUACACGUCCCGGAUGCUGCCGCCCCUUCCCAAGCUACCAUCCACUGGCCGCCCUCCGAGCUUGCCCCCGGAUAUGUACACUGUGCCACAGGUCCCGACGGCCCCGGCAUGACCAUACACUGGCUGUGGCAACUCCCUGGCCGCUGUCCAGCGGUCUCGGCCCAAGUCGUAUAUCUCCACAGAGGCCAGAGCAGCCCCGUCUGCGCCCACACCCCCGACGGCUAAAAGGCUGUCGCCCACAGCACCGCACCAGAAAUGGGCCCGGGCCUCCUUCAUGGUAGGUAUGGAGGCCCAUCUGUGGAAGUGCGAAUCAUAGCGGUGCACUUGGGCCGUGACCUCCAGUGGAACCGUGGGAAAAAGAGAAGAGGAGCUGCCUGCCGGGGUCUCCCCUCCCAGCACGUAAAGGAAGCUGCCGAUAGUGCACACGCAGUGUCCCUGCAAUGGGGCGGGCAGCCUGGUGAGGCUACGCCAGCGGUGGUUGUACACGUCGAAGGAGACCACGUCUUGGGUCAGUUUCCAAUCAUCCGCUUCCUCAGGUCGCACCUCCUCUUCUGCCUGUUCCUCUACAACUCCGCCGACACCACCUGCAUCCUCCUGUUGAGCUAUCUGAGCAUCUUCAGUGCUUUGAGUCGCUGCCUCCCUGGCCCGGCGCCCCCCAACCAGCAAAAUGCGCGUUUUGGGGCUCCUGCAACUGGUCUGCUCACUCUGCAUGAGGGGCUGGCGAGAGGUGGCUGUGUGGUAGCUAAGAGCCUGGAUAAUUAGGCCCUUGACCCGGGCGGGAAGGUUGAGGCCCGAACCAGAAUAGACCCGUCGGAGCACUUCGGGGGGCACCAGGCCGAAGCGGAUACGUUCCAGGAGACUGCAACACUGCGGUAGGCGUUCUGCCGCGGGUUCCCGCUGCAACCAGCUCAGCGCCAAGUUCAGUAGCCGGACCUCGGCCACGAAAGGCACGUCGGAGGAGCCCAGCACUGCCCUAAGCGAGCCCGAAUUGAGCUCCAGAAGCCCCGCUGCCUCCAGGCCCCUGUCCAGCAGCUCUCUCAUGUGGCGUCCUAUGAAGCUUUCAGCCUCUGGCAGCGCGUCGGCCAGGCCAAAGCGGGAGGCGAGGUUGGCCGCGAAGCAACAGUUCUCCAGGCCUAGGUGACGCACCAGGUAGCGGCUGCACAAGCCCACGGCCUCGCUCACCUGGAGGUAGCUGGCGGCCUCCAGAGUGUCCUCCAGCGUGUCCAUAGACAGAGGCAGCCAGGCAGUGUAGAUGAAGUCCAGGAGGCGCUGUAGACCGGUGGCUGAUGGCACUUGCAGGCGAAUAACAGGAGCCUGAGAUUCCUGGGUGUAACUCUUGAAUAGAGCUUUAAAGUAGUCGCUGGAGCACGCCAGAAGCGACCUGUGCGCCAGGAACUCGCUGCCUUCCGCCUCCAGCUUGACGUCGCACAAGAAGCCCUCGUCGCGCAGGAGCUGGUAGUGGGUGAGGAUGGCGCCUCCGUGAGCUUUGCAGUAGGACAGAAAGUAACUCAUAGUGCAUCAUGCAAAGAGGAGCAGGCUGGGAGAAAGUAAACCAAAAACAAGUUCCAUGCCCCGAAACGCAUCCCGCGCAAACAAACCGGCUCAGGCUCCAGUCACCCGAGUAGAGGCCCCCCGGAUCGAUUACCCGAGUUGGCAGCUCCCUUCACAAUCCGGAUCGCUUUCAUCUUUCAUCUAAGUCUGAAAGUUGCCCCCCUCCCCGUCUCCUAGCACAGGUAAACCAUGCCCUGGCUAGGAAGGAUUUCCCGUUGCUCAGAUUGCCCGCAGAAGAUAAGAACGUGGAAUCCACCAGCCUUGGAGCCCUCCCAGCUUCGAGGGUUUGGGAGGCUGCUGGGGCAGAGAAGCUUUUUAGAAAUACAACCUUUGGGAGGGAGUCCCAGCCAGCCCACCAAGGACAGCUGUGGCGCCGCACCAUCACCAGAAUGAAAGGAGCUGCUGUGUCCCCCGACUGCCCCUUUCUCCUAAUCAGAUGUGUCUUCAAACUCUGACAGAUCACGUCAAAAAGCGACGACGGAUGUGCAAAGUGGUAUGGAAUAGUAGGUGGAAGUGGGGGGCCUUCCUCUCCGUCGGCCCCUCGCCCCUCUCAAUUAGCUCAGGUCUUAAAAUGUUCACGUGCAGGUGGUCCAGGCUCAGAACGUUCCUGCUAGUACACACACUCGCACACCCUCACAGUCAGACACAAGGGCCGGGGACAACUGGCUCUUGGGGUGGAGUGGGGAGUGCGGGGUGAUCUUUUACCCCCGUUCCGCGUGAGGGAUUAAAUCAGACCCGACGGGAUUAGAGCAGGAGGCCAGACAAGUAAAUACGUUUAGUCACUGGUAUAAUUGGACAUGCCUGGCCAUCCGUGCCCAGUGCAGUACAUAAUAUCACCGUAGCUCAUAGAUACAGGAAUAGAGCGCAGACACAAUCCUUUCCUUCCACACCAACCGCUUGUCCUCGCCCUUCUCGCUCCUCCUCGCCUCACAAUGUUGGGUUGUAAAUUAAACACUGAGACUCGGAGAGCUGAAACUUUCGACUCUGAAUGACCUAACUGGAAAUCACGAGGAUGACCCUUUCGGAUAGCGAUGGAAUAGAACAAAGCUGCAAGCGGGAGGGGGGAGGGAGAGGGGGGUGGCCGGGGAAACUCAGGAUGGAAGAAGGCCGAGGAAAGAAGAGGGUGAAGAAUCCCUGAAGACCUAAUUAAUACCGGCGCUGAAGCUUUGUUGUCCUUGCUAGCUUGUCACCCCGUGCCCAGGAAGCAAUGUUUCAAGACUUCCUCUGGGAAAGGGUCCGCCAGAGAUCAUCUUUCAGUUUGACGCAGAUCCUAAUUAAACCGCAGUAAAGAGGGAUUAAACGGUGAUAUUUUCACAGUAACACCCAGGAGAUUCAAAAGGAGCUCCUGCUGCGCUAAGAUACAGGAUCCUUUACCAGGAAUCCGUGGGGUCAAGCAGCUCCUGGGUCUUGAAGCCGACAGACGGCAACCUGUAACAAGCCAGUGACACCUGGACUUUCCCAUCCAAUAUACCGGGGGAUUUUCAAAGUCAGAAUCCCUAGCGCUGCCAUCUCCCAAGGGCACAGCAGUGGAAGGCAUGAUUUCCUCCACAAGCACACCACUAUCAAUAGACACAUUGCAUGUACAUCUCUAUACUCCUUUCCAAAAAGCAAGUGAAGGAGUUUUUUGUGCUUAAAGUUUGUUUACUUUAAGAAAUUCUUAAGAUUCGCGUCCCUGUUUUGUUACUUGAUCUAGUUGUUGGCCAUUCAUCCUUUAUAGCCCAAUGAGAUGGUGGGUGUUUCAGAGCUAUCAGAGGCCCAGAUCUUCAAAGAUUUCUUUUCUUGGAAUUAUUCUUAGAAGUUGCAUGAAGAAACCCUUCCAAACCUCUGCAGAAAUGCUCAUGAUAUCAUCAUCCACAAUUAAAUAUUUUUAAAAGCUUUGUUUUCUAAUGCAUAUAAAAUACUUUUUUUCAACUAUCACCAAUAUAUUUUAAAUAGGUAAAUUUGCUUAGCAGAUCAAUAAAAAUUGGGGAUUCCUGUCACCCCAAUAUAGAGUAGGUGGUAUGUUUGGGUUUAGAACUUAAUUCUCGUGUUAGGUUGCUUUUACUGAGUCUCUGGUUCACUAAAUAGGAUCUGGAAGAACUAGAAUUUCUUCACAACUUGUAUUUAAUUAAAAAGAUGAGUAAUUUCUGAGAAGAAGGAAGGGAAAAUGUGGCUUUAUUCAUCUCUCAUAUUCCCUGACCUGCAUUCUCUUAAAAUUUUACAGUAAAGUUCUGAAAGCUUCUUUGCCUGUCUGCUUAGUGUUCUCUCUUUGAUAAUUUGGGACAUUCAGAAAAGUGCAGUAAAUGUCUUUAGGAAGGAAUUUAUCUUCUCCUGGAAGUCAAGAGCAAGAUGUGAAAGUUAAUUUUCCAUUUUCAAAACUAUAAAAUUCAAGACUGGUCUCAGAUUAGAUAUUGUUUAUCCUGCAGAGGCUAAAUCUUUUAAAAUAAAGAAAAUCAGAUGCCAGCAAUGCAGUUAUAGGUUGUUGUUUUUUUUUUUUUUAUGUUAGGAUCCUUGGUUCCAAAUGAAGUAAUAUUUUGUAUUUUAUUUCACAAGAAUCAUAAUAAAUUCAAGAGGCCUUUAUGACUCAAAGAACAUUAGAGAAAGAAAAAAAAAUGUAGAUGAUCAUUUAAUCCAAUUUCUCUUUUAAAGAUGAUGAAACCAAGGCCAGCAGGGAUUAAGUGACUUUUUUGUGGUCACACAACUGCUUAGAAGCAAACCUUUUCCUAGAACCCAGGUGUUCUGACUCCUGAUCCAGAACUCUUUCUGCUCUGUCUCUUAAUGUGUUGUUAAAAAUAUAAUUGAAAUCACAUAGAAUAUAUUCAAGACUCACAUGUAGGAUCAACCAAUAUUAAAAGGCAGAUUUUAAUUAUUUUUAAAUCUAUCAAUUCUAUCAAAUCCUAAACAAAGAGAUGCUAACAGAAAGAGGAAAUAUUCACACACCAACAGGCAUGUUUACACAUUCCAGUUAAGUCAAAAACCAUGAAAGGAUUUGGAAUUUAAAUGUAGCAUAAAGUUUAAAAUAAAUGAUUAUGAUAAGGUUCUUUUUUAAGGAAACCAUUGUAACAUCCAAUUCUACAUAACAAGGCUAUUUCCUCAUCCUGACCAAUAGCCCAUGCUCAUGCUGCUUUGCUGAUGUGGAUACAGUGAAUUCUGUUGAAUGAGAAAUUCUGUAUAAUAGAUGUGUUCACAAGUUCCUGUCUAUUUAACAGACAAAGCAGUCAAUAUGUUUAAAGGUGGUGUCCUUUCAGUAAGGUAUUUAUGUAUCAUACCAGUAUUUGAAUACCUGUACAAUGUUAUACAUUCUUAAUAAAAUUCUAAAUGGUUUUCCAAAA